AAGACAGCAGUAAUGCUAACUCUGGCAAACAAGCUGAAGCGGGAUGAUGGCAUCAGAGGACCCCGUGCGUCCAAUCCAGCUUCUGAUUCAACUCGGAGGGUGUCUGUUCGAGAUAAAUUACUUGUUAAAGAGGUUGCAGAACUUGAAGUUAAUUUACCUUGUACAUGUAAAGUGAAUUUUCCUGACCCAAACAAGCUUCAUUACUUUCAGCUAACUGUAAUCCCAGAUGAGGGCUAUUACCAAGGUGGAAAGUUUCAGUUUGAAAUUGAAGUUCCUGAUGCCUACAAUAUGGUGCCUCCAAAGGUAAAAUGCUUGACAAGGAUCUGGCAUCCCAACAUUACAGAGACGGGAGAGAUCUGCCUAAGUUUAUUGAGAGAACAUUCAAUUGAUGGCACUGGCUGGGCUCCAACUAGAACAUUAAAGGAUGUUGUCUGGGGGUUAAACUCUUUAUUUACUGAUCUUUUGAAUUUUGAUGAUCCUUUGAAUAUUGAGGCUGCAGAGCAUCAUUUGCGUGACAAGGAGGACUUUCGGAAUAAAGUUGAAGAUUACAUUAAGCGCUAUGCGAGAUGAUGAAGGGAGAUGGAUGGCAGGACCAUGACUUCCACACUAGAGUUGUCCUUAACUUCAACAACACCACCACCACCACCAACAAAACCAGCCCGGAUUGUACUAGUCCUGUGUCCAUGUUGUACUGAAGAAGAAAACUAACUUCAUAACUUGUCCAUGUUAAAAGGAGAGUUCAGCAUAAAUACAGCAAGAAAUUGUGUAUGUUGGUUGAAAAAGUUGUUUGCUUACUUUUAAAAAAUGUUUACUCUUCUGAACUGUACUGUAUAUCCUGUUGAUGAGAUAUGCUUGAGAAGUUAAAAGAAAUCACUAUUGAAAUUGUAA